UCCUUCUAUCCGGGUGCUGUCAGGAGACAUCUCUGCCUCCCGAAACGCCUGUCAAACUGAAUACUUUUGACCAAAAUCCACUAUAUGGGGACACCGACAUGUUUUGUCUGCACGCCUGACUUCCCAGCUAACGUUACGCCUAGAUAUCGCACCGUUAAAUCUAUUGAAUAAGCAUUAGCUAACAGGCUAGCAUCAGCAUCACUAGUGUCGACUAUGGCGGCAGUUGACAGCUUUCAGCUGUUGUUCAGAGAAGUUUCUCGGUCAUGCAGUCCUUACUUUGAAACCCUGGCCCUGGUCGGUGCUCUUUACACGGCCAGCCGGGCAGUAAUCCUCCUGAGAGACUGCUGCACGUUGAUCAGGGUGCAUUUCCUGCCAAGAAUGAUCCCGUCGAAGAAGCUGACCCAAAGAUUUGGUGACUGGGCUGUUGUUUAUGGUGCAUCAGAGCCUGUGGCCAAAGCCUAUGCAGAGGAGCUGGCCAGACACGGGAUCAGCGUUAUCUUUGUCACUCAGGAUCACACCUCCGUCAGAGACACGGCUGCAUCCCUCUCCCAAAACUAUGGAGUGGAAACUGUUGUCGUCCUAGCUGACUUCUCUUUGGACCAAUCAGCAAGCAAGACCAUCAAAGAAGCCACGAGGGGGAAAGAUAUCGGCUUCUUGGUGAACUGUGUGGAAUCUAUGGCUUCCCCUCAGAGUCUUAUUGAAAUGCCUGAGCAGGGCCUGUUGGAUUUGGCGAAUAAGAAUGUUGCGGUUGCUACUCUGAUGACCCGGUUGGUGCUGCCUGGGAUGGUGGAGCGCAGCAGAGGAGCUGUGGUCAAUAUAUCAUCGGGUGCCGUUUGCAGACCUCUGCCUGGAAGAGUGACACUCACCGCCUCUGCUGGCUACAUGGAUCAUUUCUCUAGAGCUCUUCACCUUGAGUACGGUGGCAGAGGGAUCUUUGUCCAAAGUCUGAUUCCUUUCCAGAUAACCUCAAGUGAGGAACAACAGUCAUCAUCAACACCAGCAUCAACACCAGGCUGGUUUGCACCAGCGCCAGAGGUUUAUGCCCGCCACGCCAUCUCCACCCUAGGUGUCACUAACAGGACCACCGGCUACUGGCCUCACACACUGCAGUAUGGACUGAUGAGAUGUGUUCCAGAGUGGAUUUGGGUUCUCGGAUCACGUGUGCUCAUCAGUUCAAGCUAAGAGCUCAGCCUUUUCUCCCCUCACUAAAGACUUAACCCAGUUACCAUAUCAUCCUGUUACUGUAGUCAUGUAGAGUUUUAGAUUAUUCUGUCAUUAGCUCUCAGGCUCUAUUUAACUUGAAACUUCUUUUGGUAUCAAUUUCAAGGGAAGCUGUAGUGGAAUUUGACUACAUUUAUUUGUCUGACAAAGCUGUGACAUCCUAAAUUUACUACAGAAACCAGACAUCUUGAUACUACAUGUCUUAAUGGGGGCCAGACAUAAUGUUGGAAACUGGGUGUGUCUUUAAGUCAGGGUUGUAAACUCGUUGAUUAUCAUUAGACCGUGAUUAUCGAACACUUGGUUUGGUUGCCUCCAUAUAGUUUAAACCUUUGAACUAUUGAAUAAGAAAUUGAUGGGCUCAUUAGUCAGUGGGCAGCCAGAAUGGGCCAUUAAAUGCCCAAUUCAUCAAAUUUAAAACAGAAUGUACAUUAUUUUAUUUUCCUAUUUUUUCAAAAAAGUUGCACUCAAAGCACUUUUACAUUCAAUUAAACCUAAGUAGGUGAGAAGAUGCACCUCAAUUGUUACAAUAUACAACAGACAGAGGAAAGCAAUAAUAAAGCAAUCUGCAACCAUAAAAACAAUAAAUUAUAAUAAAAUAAACUUCAUUUUUUUCUCCCAGAGCUUUUUGCAUCUGACUUUUAAAAAAAGUCUUUUGAGCCGACUUUUGACUUUCCAGUUUUUUCUGGCUGUAUGGCUCUCACCGUCAUUAAACACACCCAUGGCACUCUUACAAGUAACAAAUGGCAUUCACACCAAAACCAAACUCAGCAUCAUUCAAAGUUCAACAGGCACAUUACAAUGAAGUAUAAUUCCUUUAAACUUAUUGUCUUAAUGAACAAAAGCUGCAUUAUGCAACUCUGAUUUAAGCAUAAUUUUGAUAUAAAUUAUGAAUAUAACUAAGAGGCACAUUUUAACUCAAACUCAGUGUUUGUAGCAAAUACAAACAUGUUGGUGAAUGGCGAGUAACAGCUUUGGUUGUCAUUGCUCAGAGUGUAACACUAAAGCAUAUCGAGGAGUGAAUUUGAAAUGCAAAAAUGAGUGAGAUUUUGAGGUUUUGUUUCGUUGAGAAAUUUUGUUAAAGAUACAUUCAGUAGAUAUUGCUUUAAAUUAAGUAUUUACAUUAUGAAAUGUGAACAGAUUCAGAUAUAUUGUGUUCAGUGGUUGCUUACAUAUACAGUGCAGUAUAUAAAAAUGUGGACUUAAACAUAUGUGUCAUCAUAGCACAAAAAACAAUAAAGCUUUCUCCAUUCCCAUA